AUGACAGAUCCAUUCUCACCAGACUUUGAUCCAACGGCUGCAUUGCAACGUUCACCAGAAGGAGACGAGCAGGAUAUCCAUGGCAGUAUCGAAGAUUUCGAGAAAGCAUUCGUUGCCGAACAACCAGAGGUCGCUCGGUUAAUAUGUGAACUUGAUCGACCUUCUGGAGCAAAGAGUAAGAAGCAAGAGAAACGUGAACGUGUUGCUCGACUAGAGGAUAUGACAGUGUCAGGGCGCAAACUGUUUGAAAAACGGGUACGGCCUCAGGACAGCUUUGCAUAG